AUGUCCUGGUUCUGGAUUUACCUUCCUCUCCAUCUUCUCACAGCAACUUCUCUGUGCCAUUCUAUAAAAGCACCCACCACCAGUUCCCAACAGAGCUUCAAGACCAAUCUCUUCAGUUUCUACCACUCCCUGAUACUUGCAGAUGGUAAGGAAACUACAAUUCACCUGCUGAAGGAUAUACCCAAAAGGUACUACUUUGUUUUGGAAGAGGGCAGGGUCCUUGCCCCUUUCUCAAUAACAGUGACGCCCUGUGAUGUUCCCAUUGAAUGGAGCAUACUUGUGUACAAGUCUCCACCAGGAAAAGCAACACCAGGUGACCAUGAUACACAAGAGAUCUCCAAAUCUCAGAAGGCUUCAAGCAUGGUGUCCACUAUCUUCAACUACAAGGGAAAUUCUGUAGAGACUUACAUGGGAAUGUCUUCCCAUUCUGCCCUUUACCUGCUCGAGUUCUUAUCCACUGAACGAGACACACACAUUACCGUGUACUUAACAACUGACACCACGUCUGGGCACCUCUACCCAGAGCUUCCGAUGGAUCCACGCAUAGAUGUCAUUGCCAUCGGCCAUACAACAGUGACUCUGGCCUGGAAACACAGCCCUUCUGUCUUGCAGCACAGGGAAAGCAUCCAGUACUGUCUCCUAGUUAAUGAAAAGCACAACUAUAAGAGCUUGUGUGCUGCUGAGACAGCCAUCAGAUCCUCUGGAAUGAAGCUGCCCCCCACACUAGCUCUGUCCCUCUCUCCAUACCUUCUUGAGCCGCAGCAGGUGAUGAUAUUGUCCAACAGCGAACUGAGCAUCAUCAACAAAGUGAGCAGUGGGGAAGUCAGGCAGGUGUGCAUGGGCACCAAGAACACUUACACAGUGCCCAAUCUCAGCCCCAGCACUCAGUAUUACUUUGAUGUUUUUAUUGUCAAUCUCCUUACGAAUGCCAGCGCUGCAUACACCGGGACAUUCGCCAGAACCCUAGAAGAACCUGAACCCAAGGUGACAGAGCUGAAAGAUGGCAAAGUGAUUCAUGUGGUCCUGGAUGGGAAAAAGCAGAAAUUGUACAGUCUGCAGUACCAGGCGAGGCACAAGAAAAUCCAUUUCACCUUUCAGUUGUGUCAGGGCCAAAUACGGGUUCACAUAGCAAGAAAUGGCAGAACAGUGGCAUCAGAAAAUCUCUCUGGGCUGAGGUAUUUCUCCCUGAAGGGAAAGCCACUAGACAUCUAUUUGGUGCAGCUGAGGUCCACAGAGGAAUCUAACUCUUCUGUGAAGGUACAGGCAUCCCCCCAUUUCCACAAGCCCUUAUUCCCACUUCUUCCAGAGAGCUUAAAAAUCAAAUCCUUCAGUAAACUGAGAACGUGCAGGUCUGUGACCAUCGCCUGGCUGGGAACACAAGAGGAGAGCAAGUACUGUGUGUAUAGAAAAAGGAUUGAAGAGGAUCAGAUCUGGAGGGAACUGCAGAGUGCAGACAGGUGCUCUGGGCCUGAAUCUCGGCACAAAUCAGAGAAAGUGCUGUGCAAGUACUUCUAUGAUCUAAACCUCCAGCGAGCCGUCACCACAGAGACCAUCAAAGGGCUGGAGGCAGGGACACUCUACUUGUUUGAUGUUUAUCUCUUUGGGCCAUCUGGCAUCCCUGUCAGGUAUCACAGCAAAGUUGUGAAGACUAGGAAAAAAUGUUGA